AUGAGCUUCUCAAAAAAUUACGCCCCUCAAAAUUCAACCCACCCUCAAACCGCGCCUGUGAAAAUCGCCUCGACGAUGAGGGAAUCGUCGAAUGCACGUCUCUCUCUGUCCAAGGGCCAAAGGCCCCUGAGCAAGGCCUUGUCCCAGCAGUCGAAAAUCGGCAUGAGUACCGCUUCUCUGAUUCCCGGCCACCAAGUCACAAGUGCAACUUACAGAAGUGCGAAGGGAGGAUUCAAGAUUCCGAGGUACCAGAACAGCUAUCGAUUACAUGCCCACAAUCCGUGGAAACAGGAAGUAGUCGACAAGGUUCUCGAAGACGUUAUGACCACCACCCUGACCGGGAUGAAGUACAACCCCGAGGUUUGCAUGAAACUCUGCCAGGACAUGACGGCCGAGAUAAGAAAUCGGAUAUACCGAAAGGACUACGACAGGCGAGAUAUUGCGACGGUUCUUCGUUAGCCGAUUUUAUCGGAAAUUGCACGAAGCGAUUUGAAAUCGUUC